AUGACUUCUCGACCUGGCCCGGGGAUUCACGAAUCUCUACAGAAUCGUGGCAGCGCCCUGCCUCCUCGGUCCCAGGUGCAGCGCCGGCCCUCGAAGCCUGCCCAUACGCUCCUUCAGCCGGACUGCAUCGAUCCGGCCCUAGAGGACGAGCGCCCACCCAUACACAAUGCUGCCCACGAUGCUGCGAGACCUCCCCCAAGGGGGCGUCCGCCGCUAUUCUACACCACCAUCCCCCCAAAUCAUGGCAUCGAGCUGCCCCUACACUCCUUCCCGUAUCAGCCGACGGCGAACCUGCCCCAACCCCCACGCCCUGGCUCCCUGCACCUGAGAGACGCUUCGCUCCAGCGCCGCAUACUGCCUGGUGGUACAGGAGUCAAAGAUGCGCCCAAACCCGGUGGGCCUGAAGUCGUGGUCCCACCCGUCCAUUUUCCCGGUGGGAAGGCCGCCGAUCUGUUUCCCUGGACCGGCAACAACCCCGAGGACAACCUGUCAGAGGCGCUAGUCAAGGCAGGCGUGAGUAACAAGCCGCAGAUCAUGAACGAGUCCAACACCGCCCGCCCCUCCCUCAUCAACAACCUCAAGAACAAGUCAGGGCUCAGCACCCUGUCGACCCUGUUCGUCGCCGUACUAGAGAAGAGACAGCAGACCGGUCGCCUCCAAACCCCGAAUACCUUCAAGCCUCCGCCGCGACUGACGUUGAGAGACUCGACCCGCGAGCAAUGGCUGCACGACUUGGCGAACCCAACAACGGGCCUCCGCAGGCUCAGCCGCACCAUACCCCACGGGCUCACAGGCAAAGUGUUGCUGGAACAAUGUCUCAACAAGAACAUCCCUCUCCCGAGGGCCUUGUGGCUGGCCAAGUGUGUGGGUAUCAACGAGCUGCGUGCUCACAAGAGAAAGGGCCAGGCUGGCACUGUGACAUGGGGAAGAGGCUGGACCAGUUCGGUCGAGCAGUUCAUAGACGGUGUCAUUGGCAGUAUUGGACAGGGUGACUGGAAACCCCGGAUCACGUAUGCCCUCCAGCUUGCGACCCAUCUCUACAAAGAGCACCUUCUCGACGACGACCACUUCCUGGAUUGGAUAGUCAAUGGCCUGGAUACAUGCCCUUCCGAACGUCUGUUUAUCUGGUUGCUGGUUGUAUCCAUCUCGCACUACUGGACAGCCGUAACCUGUUGUCGACGCCGCGGCAAGCGCCUUGCCGAGUCACUGCUCAAUCAGCUUGACAAGAUCUAUCUACUUGAGGAUCUGAGGCCUUACUUGGCCGUCUUACAGUAUCUAGAGAACACCGUCGUCCGACUACUCGCGACACGACCUGCUUGUCUGCUGCUUCCAACUGCGUGGGCUAGAUAUAGCCCCCUUCUGCGGAAACUCGCCGAGCGGAAAAACCAUGCACAUGUUACGCAAGCGGUGCGGAGGCUCGAGCUGAGGAACACCAGGCUCUUGCAAUCUCCAAAGAAAGUUCCCUCCGCCUCGCAGACACCGGCUGGCCGCGUCUACCGGAUACUGGACUCUAUAGACUACAACAAGCCAGUGCGCAUCGAGGACCUGUCCUGUGAUUGCAUGAAAAUUGUCGCCGACGCUCCACGGUUGAUCGGCAUCCUUCUUCAGUGGGCAUGCACGUGUUACCGAGAAGGGACACAUAGGAUCUAUCUGGCGACUCGACUACUCCGCAGAUGGAACCAUCUUGGCGCAGACGUGUACGACGGAAUCGUCUCGCAUCUUCGUGACGUGACCUGGGUUGCGACCGGCGACCCGAGCAUUCUCUUCAGAAUCGUUGCUGAGCUGGUUCGCUCAAAGACUUUCGCUACCGGACGCUAUCUUCAGUGGCUCAUCGCUACGGGGUCUACUGGGUACAGCACGGAUCUGUCUUCGCCGCAUUCCUGGCCGUUGCGCUUGGUCACUGAAAUACCCCUCAGUGGGCUACCAGACCAAAUCCGUACGUUACGAAGUACACUCCUACGUGGAACCAUGCAUUCGGCCGAACUGGAACAACGAGCUCUUGGCUACGCCGAGCACAUGAUAUCCCAGACAUUGCCUGCCUUGUUCGGCAUCUACAGCACUACAACUAAGCCCAAUGACGUAGAGCUAGACAAGCUUAGUUCGACAGUAAAGCUUGAGUUGGGCAUCUGGUUACGUCAACACGUCGCUCAGUAUGCUGAGGUCAGCGCGCACAUACCUACCAAGGACUCGUCUGUCGAAGAAACCGCUGCGGUAUCUUUAUUGACGCCAUGGGACUUUCACAUUGUAAGAUCCUACCUUGAGCGCUUUGGAGACCUUGCUAUACUUGCGGACAUUGUCGGCGUGGCAACUACAUCUUUGGAUCCUAGUGUUCUCGCCUCUGCUGCGGAUACGAUCAACUACCACGUCAAAGCCUUUCGUGCUAUAGGUGCUUUUGACCCCUUGUUCGCUAGAAUCGCAACAAGAUAUGCUGCCCUGCGGACGGUUCGACUUCCUGACCGUGAACUACUGCUCAGUCUUGCCAGCCUAGCUCGUACGGCGCAUGCUGAUGGCCAACUCCCACAGCUUCUCAACUAUGACCUGAGUCAACUGAACCAGCGGAACUCACUUGUGGCCUGUUCACCAGCCUCCGACAACAUGGGUGAGGUCAUGCAAACAGGAUCCUCUUCCGAUGACGAGAUUGAACGCAUUCUUUCAAGUGGUACCAGUAUGGAUCAGCAAAUGAUGGGACGAGUACUCCGCAAGAUUGUUAGCAAUCUAGAGGAACAUCUAGCCAAGGGUUCGUUUCAAUUGAACAGCCAUCAUGCCUGGUUCCAUCGGCUGCGUUGCUUCGACGAGCCGACCUUCGAUAUGGUCGUAAACGAAUGGCUGAUCUUGAGCUUAAUGGCCCAAAGGACUGACACGCUGCGGGUAGCCUUACCCACUCUUGUUGGUUCUGGCUGUAUUCCUUUGGCAUCUUUUCUGGAUACUCUUCGAGCUUGUAUCGCAAAGUUCAAGACAAAUCCUUCUGAAGGUGGUUUCCAGAGCGCUCUCAAGGGCAUGCUGAUUACUUUGCCAUCUGAUGCAUUGGUUCAGUCUUGCUCGCCACAAGAUGCAUAUCGGUAUCGCCUGGAGCAGCGAAAGCUCUGCCUAGAAGCCGAAGGCCGCUUUACGCGAUGCAUUGGUGAGGUGAUUGGACUUGGCGCAAUGAUCCCUUCUCAGAAGGCCCAAGCGCAACUCUCAGACUUUCUGCGCAGUAAGCCUAUGCUAUAUGUCCUAAAGCAUCGCAUCGUUAGCGACCCGGGAUGCUUGUUCAAACUGCACAAAGAGGCCUCAGGUCAUUACUUCAAGCCGUCAUUAGACAGCCUCCUUGACCCUAAAGGUCAGCUGAGGUUGCCGGAAAAGAGCCCCGAACAGCAGGUACUCGCAGUCUUCGCACUUGCUAGCGAGUUAUCGUUACCAAUCUGCCAAGCGGCCAUUGAGCAGCUGUUCUCAUCUAGUGCAGCCUCGCUGGGAGGCUCCGGUGAGGCACUCUCCGCGUCUCUUCUGAGUGCCAUCAAGACAGCGGUCGAAGAGGAUCAACCUUCAGGAUUAGAGCUUCUCGCAAGCUUGGAUGCUGCUCUCACCGACCAGAUUCGACAACAUGCCGAACGGGAGAUCAUAGAUGCCUCUGCCUUUUUAUGCAUGUCACCUACCGUCAAAGCAGAAGAGACUGAAAAGGUCUCGCCGGCAGUAGUGCAAAAGUAUCUCACAGUCAUUGACCUGACUUCCAGUAAGCGUCCGGAGACCACAGAACAGACUGCUCUGCUUCAAGCCUUAAUCGAGAGAUUCAAAGGCAUAAGCCAGGCUCUUGAAGACGACAGACUCUCGGUUCUAGAGGUAUACGCUUGGUUAAACGCCCUUCUUCGUCUAGUGGUAUCCCAUGCUUCAGCCAUGCUGAGCGACGCGACCCAUCCACACCAGACCGCUAUGAUGAGUGCCAUGGCUGCUCUUCUCAUGCAUCCAUCUCUGGAACUAUAUCCUACAAUCACUGAGCAUGUCUUCGAUGUUACAGUGUUCCUUUCUGACUAUAUCUCGGACGACGUUCGGUUCCACGUUACUCGAUUGGAAGGUGCUAGGCUUGCAAGCGAUGCACGCUGUGUCUUCAUUCUGGGAGUUACAGCGCCAGUCGAUGGCUGGCUUGUCCUGGCCAAACCGGUCAACAUCCCUCUGACUCAAGCGUCGUCGCAACCACCAACGCCAACACCGCUUCAGAAUCAGCCAUCUCCAUAUCAGAGCCCACAGAUACCUACCAGUAGUUCUGCAACCCCGCAACAACGCUACUUCCAUCAGCAACAACAACAAAGACAGCAGCAAAUGCAGGCAGCUCAACAAGCCCAGCAGAUGCGCGCACAGCAACAGCAAUACCAUCAGCAUCCGCAGAACAAGAUGCUGCCCGCUCAGCUUCAACGAACACCGUCGGGCCAGGCCUCUCCUUCUCCACUCCAGCAAAUGUCACAAAUGCAGCAGAUGCAACAAAUGCAACAGCGCGCCAUGCAACCCUCCCCCGUCUACUCACAGCGUCCGACUUCUGCAACAAGUCAGGGCCAAACGAGUAGCCAAGGCCAGACGGGUGCGCAGGCGCCGGGCAAGCUGCAGGUCAGGCAAGAUAGGGAGAUACGACACUAUCCGUUCGUACAACCAAGGUGGGAGAUUCUAGCUGAAUCUUCUGGCAACCCGAACGGCAACGAGACUGCAAUCAACUUGAGCCUCUUUGGUGCGCGAAAGGUGUGA